AUGGAGGCUACAAGUCCCCCAGUCCGUUCCCAAACGAUCCCGCCUCCAGCUCAAUCUCACGACGAGACAUACUAUUACGAAGCCUAUGAACCUUCUCAGGAAGAGGCACUUGAAUUUCACAGACGAGCAAUUGAGGCAGAACGUCAAUUACAAGCACGUCAAUUACAGGAGCAGUCGAACACUGGUCCGGAUAAAACUAAAGGGGAGAAAGUUUUGGAUAACUCCAUCAAGGCAGCGAAUUGGCUGAUCUGGGGGGACGUCGGCGGGAAAGAAGUGAAAGAACAAAAGAAGAGGGAAAAGAAAGAGAAAAAGAGGAGGAAGAAGGAAGGGAUAGUUGAUAGUGAAGACGAGGAGAAGGAUAAGAAGUCAAAGAAAAAGAAGGAAGGCGAAGAAAGCGAGUUGAAGAAAAGGAAGAGAGACGACGAUGGUGUCGAGGAUGAUUGGCUUGUGGAAAUACUACAAGUGAUUGUAUAG